ACCAACUUCCUCUCCCACUAUCGCGAGAGACUGAUUGGGACAGCAGGCAAAGAAAUAUUCAUAUACCAGCAACAAGACCGGUUGCAAAAUCCUUAUACAUAAAUGUAUAUGAUUAAUCAAUAAAUGUAGCAUCAGCAAGGGACCGAUCAGCCAGAGAGGAAUGAAUAUUAGUGUUUUUAACAUUGGCAGACACACUGCCUGCUUAGCAAUACAGUCAGCUAGCUGACCAGCAGCUCAAACUUGGUAAUUUAUGAGCAGAGCUAGGUUAGCCAGUUAGCAACAUAGGCUAGUCCAAAAUACGCUUGCACCUCAACUUCUUUGGGGUUUCGGUCAAAUUGUGUGGGUUUCGUGGAAAUAGGUCACUUCAGGAUCCUUGCACAAUUAUAAAACUCCAGAGACCAUUUAAGAACUAGCCUGCUGCUCUUGACAUUUUUUAAAGUUACUUGACAUAUAGCCCGUUAAGCAUACAUUUACACACAUUAUGUGUAAAAUGUAAACUAUUUUGUAACAUCAAACUUGUGAAUCAGAUUAUUGUCUUUUAAAUGGGGGAAAACAAUUAUAAGUCAUUUUUAGGUCAGGUAUUUGGAAUUUAUGUCUGUUGUAAAAUUAUAGCCCGAUGAACGGCGCAUACACCCCCCAUGCCCAUGUAGAUCGCCGCGAUCACUUGAUUCUUGACCCAACAUCUUUAAUAUUCAGUUGGUCUUAAAUUGAUCACUCUGUUUAUCAGUCAUGAAUGGCUCGCUCUUAACUCCGCCUAGUCCUCGUGCUGCGGCUGAUUCGUCUCCUCUUCCACCCUCCCCAUCUCCCUCCCCUUCUCCUCCAUCCCCAUUGCUGUUGCCCCUCUCUACAAGACCCCCACCGUUGCCUCCUCCAACUCCUGCGAGUCAGCCGUUGUCGUCCUUAUCUGACACGCCCACACCAUCUCCAUCUCCCUGCCUUAGCUGGACCGAGUUCUGUGAGCUCCACGCACGGGUAGCCGCUGGUGACUUUGCCCGUCAUUUUCGGGCCUUCCUGCAGGAGAACCCGCAUUACUCCCCUGAUUCUGCUGCUGCUUUUUGUCGCCGCUUUACUGACAGAUUUGUUCAACAUUUCGAGAGUGAACUUGAGGGGACUGCCGUUGGUAGGGAAGGACCCUGGGUCGCCCAAUCAGAUGUUACAUCACUGGAGGAGGAUGCAACAUCUCCACCCCUGCUGCCACCAGAGGCUACCACCCCCUGCCCCCCCACUCACAUUCGUGCUGCGUCCAAAUCUCUGUUACCCCAGCACGGUCACGACGAGGCCCGCGGUGUGGAGAGAUUCCAACACCCUGCAGCAUUUCAGGACUCCUAUGCUCAUACACAAAUCCUGCCCCCUUCAUCUUCUUCUUCAUGCUCUUCCUCAAUGGGCGGGAAUAAUGGGCGGAGGGAGGAGAGGGGACUGACAGGUAAACAGUAUCAUCACAAUCCAUCUGGCUACAAAGACCUAGAGGAAGAAGAGGACAGCUGGGCGGGGCCUGUAACUGAAGAGGAGGUGGACACAGACAUUGUAGGGAAAGACAAUGAGGCAGAAGGUGAUGUUACCUCAGAAAGAUCUGAUCUCAGCCAGACUCCAGCAUGCUUCAACCCCUCUGGCACACCAGCAAACUCUGGGUCAAAAGGCAAUGGUACGCCCAUGGGGAGUCACUCCAAAAACAAACUAAAAAAGCGCUUUUCUCUGCGCAGCGUGGGCCGUAGUGUUAGGGGGAGCGUGCGAGGCAUCUUACACUGGCGCAGCUCCUCCAGCGACUCCCCACAGAACUGCAGUUCGGGUAACUCCUCCCCUCUUCCUUCCAGUUACAGCUACACUACAGGUUUGCAGGAUGGCAAGAGGAACUCCCAGGCUGUUCCUACUUCUCUUCCUGUCUCCCUCUCCCUUCCCCUCUCCCUGCCCCACUCUUCUUCAUCAUCUUUGCCUCCAUCAUCCUCCAGCAGUGCAACCUCCCUCUCGUUCUCCGAGGCCCGUGAUUGGCGGAGGAGCAAUGGAGAUGGGGAGAAAGAGAAGUGGAGUCAGAGGUUGGAGAAAUUACGACUCUCCCGGUCACCGCCACCGAAUCUGUCCACUGCGGCUCCGCUAUCCUUGGCCAUAUCGCCCUCCGCUUUGCCUCCCAGCAGCGCCGGUGCACCCAGGAAAAUGGGCAGGCUGGUCCGGGAGGGAGGUGUGACUGUGUGCUCGUCUUUGGAUGAAUUUUCUAGCACUUUCGGUUUCACGGGUUUCUCGUUUGGACUGCUGCACCACGGCACGGACAACAGCAACCCCGCAUCGAUGCAUCCUCCAGCCACGGGAGGAGCUGUUGGUGGGCGGGGUAUGCGUUGGCACAAGUGUCGUCUGGUACUGAAAGAACGAGAUAAGGAUGGAGGGGAUGGAGGACUGGAGUAUUUCCUGGAGUUUUACAUCCCACCAAAGUCCUCCAAGCCCAGACUGACUGUCCCAUGCUGCUCCAUUGUUAACGUCAGAAGCACUACAGCUAUAGAGGUGCCAGACAAGGAAAAUACCUUUCUUCUACAAUUGGAAGGUCAGGUGCAGUACGUGAUCGAGACCAGAGAUGCAGUUCAGAUGCGAGCUUGGCUCAGUGACAUCAGAAAUGCCAUUUGUCUGAGUGAGCAAGAGGACGUUGAGGGAGUUUGUGGCAGUGCUCUCACCGAGCUCAGCGGAACGCCAGAAUUCAGCGACCGUCUGUCUCAAGUGUGCUAUGGUGGAGUCAGUGGAUCUCCCCAAUUGGAGCCUCUACCUCCUGAGUUACCACCCCGUGCCCCUCUCGAUGAAUUUGGUGGGGGCGGAGCAAGUCUUGGCACUCCUUUUGCCGAAACACCUGAUGCGACAGGGUCGUUCCUGUUCUCUGAAGGUUCUGUGUCAGACACAGUGGAACAUCCUCUCAAUGAGUGUCAGUGGUUUCACGGCACAUUGUCUCGUCUUAAGGCGGCCCAGCUGGUGCUUGCAGGCGGCAUGGCCAGCCACGGGGUGUUUCUCGUCCGGCAGAGUGAGACGCGGCGCGGGGAGUACGUCCUCACGUUCAACUUCCAGGGCAAGGCAAAGCACUUACGUCUCUCCCUGAAUGAGGAUGGACAGUGUCGUGUGCAGCAUCUUUGGUUCCAGUCCAUUUUUGACAUGCUGGAGCAUUUCCGUGUGCACCCCAUUCCUCUGGAAUCUGGGGGAGCCUCUGACGUCACCCUCAUCAGCUUUGUGGGGGCCACGAAUGUCCGGCAACAAGACUUGACCAGCAGACCCCGUAGUCCUCCUCAGCCACCACCUCUGCCUCCUGGACGCCCACCGCCCCCCACCCCUCCGCAGGACCGAGGGAGCGAAACAGAGGCUGCAGGAGGAGGUGGAGCCAGCAGCGCGGCGGAGGAGUGUGAGGACCGCGACAGGGAUCCGCCUCUGCUUCAGCUGGAAGGGGUGGAGGGCGAGGAGAGGGAAGGAGGGAGGGCAAGAGCCAUUGAUAACCAGUACUCCUUCGUCUAAGCAGAAUGAGAGUGAAGAACGAGGUGGGAUAUGGAGGAUGAAGAGGAAAUCCCUUCACAAGCAGUAUUUUUUUUCUUCAUCAGAAGAACUGACCGAGGGUGUCCCAGAACCAAGUUGUUAACACUAUUGAACAGAAAGAGAGAGAGAGAUGGAGAGAAUAUGAGAGAGACAUCCAGAAGUAUAAGCAUAUAUGAUAUUGACGGUACAUUAUUAAAACACUAAGUAACGGUACUACACUAGAAAUGAUGGUGGAUUGUAAAAAUAUUGAUCAGCUCUUACUAAUCUGUUCUCCAGUGUUUGUCAUUGCUAAAGUUCCUCUUUUGGUGCUGCUGCAUAGGAAGGUACAAAAGCUUCAGCAUCAACAAUGUUGAAGCAUGCAGAUCCAUGGAAAGGUACCACACCAUAGAGCAGUGGUUCUCAAACUGGGGGCCCUGAGAUGGUGCCGGGGGCCCCAGUUUAAUGUCAUUACAUUCAUUUAUCAUAAAUUCUGUGUUAUUAAACCUCAGAAAAUAAGGCUACUAACCAACAGCACUACAUUGUAUAAUUUAAUAUGUUUUGUUUCAUGUCAUACAUUUUCUUUGGGGGGGGCAUGAAGGGAUGCACCAUACACAAUGGGGGCUGCACACCGAAAACGUUUGAGAACCACUGCCAUUGAGUGCCACAGGGAUGACAUAUUUUUGUAGGCCAACCCGGAAGUUAGCAAAACACUUUUUCCUUGACAAAAAGCCCAUUAUUUUUACCAUAGACUUAAUAAUAAAAUAAGCUCAGUGUUCAACAAAAGUUUAUGAAACUUGCACUACCAAGCUUCGGACAGCUCUUUCAAACUUUAUUAAACGCAUUUAAUACAUGUUCCCUGAUAAGGAAAUACUCUGGAUAAUUUAUUUUUUUUUUUGUUGGAAAUUGUGCCCAUGUUGCAUUGUGUUUGAGGUCUUCAUGGAUGAUGACGUUUUAAAGUCUCUAACAAAGUCCCAUGGAGCAACUUGUUAGCAACCACCCUGUUAAAGGUGCAGUGUGUAAAUUUUAGCAGCAUCUAGUGGAGAGAUUGCGAAUUGCAACCAACGGCUCAGCCAACUGCUCACCCAUCGCUUUUGAAACACAUAGAGAAGCUACAGUAGCCGCCACCGGAAAAACACGUCAUCGUCGGAGACAAAAAUGUUUGUCCGUUAAGGACUUCCGUAGAAACGUGGUUGCACAAAAUGGCAACGUCCACGUAAGGGGACCCUUGUGCAUGUAGAUAAAAACUUCUCAUUCUAAGGUAAUGAAAACAUAACGAUUCAUGAUAAAAAGGUCUUUAUACACCCACGAUAAUGUAGUUUUGUAUAUUAUAUUGCAUUUCUGUCAAGAGAUCCUCUAAAAAUUACACACUGCACCUUUAAAGCUUUAAAAUCAUGAGUUAGGGCUAUUACUGCUGUUUUAAGUCAUAGAGUAAAACGUGAAAAUAUCUUGGGCUUAUUUUAACCUAAUAUCUUAUUUAAGGAGUUUAACAAAAACACCAUUGACUUAAGGACGAUGGAACCAGAAGUGCUAAAAUGCUAACCCAAACGUUUUGCCUACAAAAAUAUGUCAUCCCUGCAGCACUCUUUUGUUACAGUGUGUUUGCCUCCCUUAUUAAUUGAAUUGUCUGGUGUUGCCUAGCUCUUCGCACUUAUACAAAAAAAUUGUUUGUUUGUUUUAGGAAAACACCGAUGUAUCA